UCAGUGGAAGUAGUAGCGGCUUCUACUCAAGAUGAAGUGGGCAUGAUACCCUCCUCACUUCAUGACAAGGCCGAAGCUAAUGACUCCUUAGUCACCCCGCAGACGCAUCUAGACCAAACUAUGCUUUGUACGCUAGAUGUGUCUGAGGCCUUAGAAGACUUAGAAGGCGAGUGGUCAAACAAGGACCCUCGCGAGUCUUGGAUGGCGCUAAAGAACGGUCCUAGAGGGGAACAUUUCGUGGUGGAAGUGGAUGUAGGAGGCCGCAAAUGUGGAGCCUUCAUAGACAACGGAUCCACGCGGAAUUACAUAAGUCGCGAUUGUUUGGAAAGGCUGCACCUACAGGACCGGGUACGGCACCUUAGUAGACCAGUAGCAUCUACUUUGGCCAACAAAGAGCGCAUGAUUGUCACAGACUACAUCAAGGACGUAGUCUGUACCUUCUCCUAUGGAGGAGGAGAGCUUAACCAUAAGAUCUCGUUCUUGGUUAGCGACGACUUGCCAUUCGAAAUGUUGUUAGGCAUGUACUACCUCGAAGUUGCUAAGCCCCAGUUCGACUGGGAUAAGAAGGUGCUUAAGCAUAAGUUGCCCGAUGGCCGAAUUGUCAGAUUGACUAAGUUCAAGGCCAGCAGUAUUGUACAUACCUAUGGCUGCUUGUGUGCAUCAGCAUUCUAUAACUACUACAAGCAAAACCAAGAGGAAGAUAAGUUUGUCGUGGUCUACUUAGACGACAUUCUGAUCUUUAGUAAGUCUGCCGAGGAGCACGCACAGCAUGUUGAGACAGUUCUCUCACUCCUGCGACAGCACAAGUAUAAGGUCAACUUAGAGAAGAGCGAGUUUGGCCGCACUAAGAUACUAUACUUGGGUCAUGAAGUAUCCGCGGAGGGGAUUAGGCCGGAAGAUGCGAAGGUGGCUAGUAUUCGAGACUGGCUACGACCUCAGACAGUCACUGAGAAGCCAUUCAUAGUGACCACUGACGCAAGCCAAUAYKRCAUUGGCGSAGUGCUGGCUCAGYAGGAUGGSAAAAAGUYKAGACCGAUUGAGUACAUGAGUAAGAAGAUGCCAUCGCAGAAGUUGGCUAAGUCCACCUACGAAAGGGAACUCUAUGCUCUCUACAAGGCACUUGUCCAUUGGAGACAAUUCCUUUUGGGAAGGUUCUUCUAUCUGAGGACUGAUCAUCAGACCCUCAAAUGGAUCAAGACUCAACCGACUCUUUCUGAUGCACUCAAGCGAUGGAUUGAGGUCAUAGACCAAUAUGACUUCAAGCUUGAGUACCUGAAGGGAGAGUAUAACAAGGUUGCAGACGCGCUAUCCCGUAGAGCAGACUACCUAGGUGCGCUAGUUUCUGAAUUUGGCGUAUCUAAUGAAGUAACUCAAUCAUUGGUGGGAGCCUAUCAGGAAGACCCUGUUACGAUGGACAUCAUCCGCAAACUUCAGGCAAAAAACAAGGCCACAGAAAGUGAGUUUGUGAUGGUGGAUGGGUUAAUCUAUCUUGAUAAGGCCGGAGUAAAGAGAUUGGUAGUUUCAUCUAGUGAACAGUUGCGUAGUUUAUUUUUAGGAGAAUGUCGUGACACAACUGGGCACUUUGGCUACAAGAAGACGAGUGCUAACUUAGUACAGCGAUUUUGGUGGCCCAAAAUGUUAGAUGACGCGAAGAAGUAUGUUGAGACCUGUCAGGUCUGUCAGCGGGACAAGCCGCGAACUCAAGCACCGCUUGGGUUAUUGAAGCCGUUACCUAUUCCUGAUGGUCCAAGAUUGAGUGUUUCCAUGGAUUUCAUGGACACUCUUGUGACCAGCAAGAGUGUGGGAGAUGAAAUGGAUGGUCCUACGUACGUCAUUCGUGUCCCUGGUCAUCUACGCACUCACCCGGUYUUUCAUGCCUCAAAGCUUGCACCUUCCGCUGAGACUGAUCAAUUCCCUUCGAGGAGAUCGAUGCUACCCCCAACCAUGGAUGGACAAGUCGACAUCGAUGAAAUUGUGGAUCACAGGGAUAUGCCUGUUCCGAAGCCGCUGGGUCGAGGAAGACCUCCUAAACCCAAGAAGGAGUACCGGAUCAGAUUCAGGCAUCAUACGGAUCCUAAAGAAGAUCGGUGGUUUACGCGGGAGGAACUAAUGGAAACAGCUCCUCAGGUGGUGACAGAUUAUGAACGGAAGCUAAAAGGGAAGGCACCUGUGAAGUUACUGUUCCACCAACUUAGGGAGAGACAGCAGCAGCAGUGGCGAGCUAGGGAAGCAGAGGCCAUCAGGGCGUUCGCAAGCGAAGCCGCUGCUUCAGCAGCCAUGGCAACUGUUGCGCAGCAGAGUUCCCAGGCCAGCAGUUCAGGGACCGUAGGGUCAACGAUUGCGCAAACCCUGAGUCAGUCCACUAGCGUUAUGGCAAGCCAGCCAAUAGUGUUGACCCCUGAAGAGGUCGCCAUACAACAAGCUGCACUUCAUGAGGCACAACUAGAAAAGGCUUUAGGAGAGAGAAAAGCGGAGAAAGAGAAGAUGAUUAGAAGAAGAGUCAGGAUGCAGCGGAGACAAGCGGAUAUUAGUGAGUUAGAGGCGAUGGACCUGACAGAGAUGGAUGAUGAUGUGAGGACCCUGAGGACAAUUUUGCUAGGUGUAGUAGAGAUGCAAGAUCACCAAAUGGCGCUCUUACAGGACAUCCAGCAGAGCCUGGGCGUGUUGGUCGGGCGAGCUCAGGCGGCGCCAUCACCAUCAAGGCCUGGUGCCUGGCCCGUGAUACAACCUCCUCCUUUUGUCCCACUGGUGAUUGGGGUAUCCCCAUAUGCCUCUCCAGCAUCGGUCCAAGCCAUUUCCCUAGUUAUGCCUCGAACAGGAAGGUUCUCAGCAGGUCCUAGUGUGCAGGUUCCCGUACAGACAGUGUAUUCCCAACCUCCGUCGCAGGUUGCCGUAACUGGGCAGCUUGUUGUCUCGCAAUCUGCACAACAACAGGUAGUGCAGCAGCCUGCGCAGCAGGGUCCACAGCCCAGAGUGGGACAGGUACCGGGACAAGGUCAGUGGGUCCCAAAGACGGCCAUCGCCUCGACUAAACCCUUUUCAGGGGACAAGAGGGACGAAGACCUCGACACAUGGUUGAGGUCAGUGCCAGUCAACGUCAAGUGCAAGUUGACCUUGCCGCACAAGGAAGUGUUUGUGGCUGCCUCCUACCUUGAGGGGAGUGCAGCAAGAUGGUUAAGCGGGCUAGUGCAACUUCAGGGGUACGGUCAUGACUUCCGCGCUUGGGCAGUCAACCAAAAACUGGAGGACUUCCUUAAGCUGGUGGAGGAAAGGUGGCAUGAUCCUCAGGAGGCCCAAAAGGCCACUAACGUGAUCCUGCCUCUGAGCAAUAGAUCGUUCAAGUCAGUUAGGGAUGCCACAGAUGCGGUAGAGUGUCUGAUCUGUGUUCCUGGAGUUCGUUACGACCCCCAGGUCUUACUCACUACUUAUCUGAGGUGUCUUCCCAUGCCCCUUAGAAAUCAGUUGGCGGGUGAGGCAAACAUCAAUGUGCGCAACUUUCCCUCGUUUAGCAAGAAGGCCCUAGACCUAGAUGCAAAGAUAGGGCAUGGGCACCAACCCACUACGGAUGGUAGGAAGAAAGCACUGCCUCCCAACUGGAAGGCGAAGGGUCGUAUUAUGUUCGUCGACAACGAUGGUUCCACCAUCGAGUUGGAUGACGACUUCCAGGAGGGAGUGGGUUCAGAGGCGAGCAGCGUAGAAGCUUCAGGGGGUGGAGCGGUCGCUGCCUCAGUACAAAAAGGCAAGUCGACCGGUAGACGCCGUCGAGGUUCCCGGUCUAGGAGUCAAGUGGACCCUAACGCCCCUCCAUGGGAGAAAGCGGGUUCCGCAGAGGAUGUGGAGAGACUGGUAUACCAGCCAGGCCUGUAUUCGUUGUGGUCAAUAUGGCCAUAACCAAUUCAAGUGCCGCAACAAGAAGGUGACCGAGAAGAUCCCACCUACGAUGGGGCAGGUGUUGGGAUCCUCGGCUCUCAUAGGUAGCAAUGUGGCCUGCAGUUCUGGCACUGCUCCGGGAAACACGUCGGGCCAGUAGGAAUAGUAGUUGUUCCUGCUAGGGUCGAGGCGGUGGACACACCCUCACCAUCUCGAGAGAUGGCCCAAGCUACUGACUCCAUCGUCGUCCCGCAAACACAUUCGGACCCAGCGAUCCUCUGUUCGCUGAAUGUGUUUGAGUCCUUAAAGGAGCUAGAGGAGAGGUGGUCUAGAUCGGACCCACUAGCUUCUUGGACGUCUAUGGCCAGAGCCCCUAAGGGUGAGUUGUUCGUCGGCGAGGUAGUCAUCGGCGGCUGUAAGGCCAGGGCCUAUUAUGACACUUGCUCGACGUGGAAUUUCAUUAGUCGUGCGUGCGUUGAGAGGCUGCGCUUACAGGGGCAAGUGCAACGCCUGAGUCGACCUGUGCCAAUAAACAGCGCAUGGUAGU